GGACCACCGAAGCCAUUUUAUUAUCAUAACAGCAAAGGUGCAGGUGCAUCAAUAUAUUUUUUUAUAGUCACACUUUUAAUUUUUGCAGCUCAAGUUACCAUGGGACAGUGUGGAAUUACGUCAUCCAAAACCGUGUUGGUUUUUCUCAAUCUCAUAUUUUGGGCUGCGGCUGGGAUUCUAUGCUACAUCGGAGCCUAUGUGUUUAUCACAUAUGACGACUAUGACCACUUCUUUGAAGAUGUGUACACUUUGAUUCCUGCUAUCAUAAUAAUAGCUGUCGGGACUCUUCUCUUCAUCAUCGGCUUGAUUGGCUGCUGUGCAACGAUACGUGAAAGCUCCUGUGGUCUGGCAACUUUUGCUGCCAUUCUCCUGCUGGUGUUUGUAACAGAGUGUGUGGUGGUGGUGCUGGGCUACAUAUACAGGGCAAAGGUAGAGGAUGAGGUGAAUCACUCCAUACAGAAGGUUUACAACGAGUACAAUGGCACCAACACCGACGCCCCCAGCCGCGCCAUUGACUAUGUGCAGAGGCAGCUUCACUGCUGCGGCAUCCACAACUACUCUGACUGGAGGAACACGCGCUGGUUUAAAGAAUCCAAGAACAACAGUGUCCCAGUCAGCUGCUGUCUGCCCAGCAUCAGCAACUGUUCCGGCACUCUCACUCGACCUGCAGAUCUCUACCAAGAGGGUUGUGAAGCUCUGGUUGUGAAAAAGUUGAAGGAGAUCAUGAUGUAUGUCAUAUGGGCUGCACUCACUUUUGCAUCUACACAGAUGCUGGGCAUGCUCUGUGCCUGCGUGGUGCUCUGCAGGAGGAGUCAUGACCCUGCAUACGAGCUGCUGGUCACAACCAACAGCUACGCAUGAGGGAGGAGGCAGACAACCAACGAAGCACUCCAUAAAUCAAAAGGAGCAUCACCACAGUAGAUUUCAGCUGUAGUUGUAUAAGCUCAAGCACACCUUGCACAAUUCCUGAUAAAGUAGCGAACACUGGUGAUGUGGUUUGGGUGGGUGGGUGCUUCAAGGGUAAACCAGUUAUUUAUUGACAUGCUUUGUAAGUUACUGUUACUUUAAAUGUAUUUUUUCUCCUUACAAACACUGAAAUAUUUACAGUGGCCAACGUUGUAUAUGGCUAAUUGACAUUAUCGAUGUUGAUGCAGUUUAUUUUCUUUUACUGUGGCUUGAUCAAAUUCCCCAGUGAGGAUUGUGAGAAGUAAUUUGGAGCGUGAUGUGUAUAAGAAUGUAUUUCCUUGUGUGCUAGUUUGCACUAGGGCUGGAGCUCUGGAAAUAUUUCCUGGUAGUAAAGGAACAUCGAUGCUAAAAAGAACAUGUACAGUAUUCCUAAGAACGUGGCUAGUAAGAACCAGAUUUUGUGAAAAUGGAAAAAAACCUACUUUUUACCAUAGACAUAACAGAUUCAGUGGUUUUGUCUUUACAGUUUUAUUUGUGGAGCAGCUUUUCGUUUUGUCUCUCAAAACCAUGUUUGGAAGACGUUCUUCAUAUUCACAAAUAUUCAGGUUGUGAAUAAUGUAUGUUCUCUUUUGGUGUAGAUGUUGGAUGUUCUCUGAAUCAGGCUUCAUUGCCAGUAUUUCAAUUGUGAAUCAACCUUUUAGUCUCCAGUGCUAUUAGUAGGAGUAUUAUCAGUGUUACCUGAAGACCCGUGUAUCCAUAGAUCCAGUUUAUUACGGUCAGAGACAUCCCUCUCUUUGUUAGUUAUACCCCUGCUAUGGAAAUGAUGACAUUAUUUUAUACAUUCUUGUGAAUUUGUGCACCGUUUUAAUAUUUCUGAGCUGUUAAGUUGAACCCUAGAUAUUUAGCUUGUGCCGCAGAAAAAAAACAUGAGAAACAAAAUUGUGUGUAGACUGGAGAACAGACAGGAGACAAAUAAAGUCAUACAUUUCAAUUUAA